GCUUGGUUUUGUAAAGUAUCUACGGAUUUUACACAUUUUUAGUAGGAGUCCAAUAUAAGUAAUCCUGACUAAAAAUGAAAGCAUUUGUGUGCUUGCUAAUUAUUGGUGUUGCCAGCGUAACUGCUAAGCCUAAACCUGGUGGAGGCUGGUCAUCUGGAGGCGGUGGUGGUGGUGGCGGUGGCUGGUCAUCUGGUGGCGGCGGUGGAAAAAGCGUACAAGUUAUUAAAGUAAUCACUGAAAAUGGCGGUGGCGGCGGUGGUGGUUGGGAUUCAGGUGGCGGAGGCGGUGGAUGGUCUUCUGGUGGUGGAGGUGGUGGCUGGUCUGGUGGUGGUGGUGGCGGUGGAGGCGACAUCAAAAUCAUCAAAGUUAUAAGCUUGGGAGAUAGUGGUGGUGGUGGUGGAGGCUGGUCAUCCGGUGGAGGAGGUGGAGGUUGGUCAUCUGGUGGUGGAGGCGGUGGUUGGUCUGGUGGUGGUGGAGGCGGCGGUUGGUCUGGUGGUGGCGGAGGAGGUGACACCAAAAUUAUUAAAAUUAUUAAAUUAGGAGGAGGAGGCGGUGGUGGUGGUGGUGGCGGCGGUGGCUGGCAACCAUCAGGUGGCUGGGCUUAA